AUGUCGCCAAACAGUUUUCCCAAUCGUGGUCCGGCGGUCUUCGGUGUGACCACUUGGACCCUCGUCCUCGCUAGUUGUAUUGUCCUUGCUAGGCUAUUCUGCCGAACUCGUAUCGUACGAAGCGUUACCUGGGACGAUUAUUUUAUCGUUUGCGCCUGGAUUCUAGCUAUUGCUCUUAGUCUUGCUAUCGAUUUGGGUGCUAGUAAGGGGCUUGGUCGACACGAUGAGAAUGUACCACCUGAAAAUUGGAAUGAGUUGCGGCGUUGUGAAUAUGUCUUCUCGGUCCUAUACAAUCCCGCCUUGAUGGCAACAAAGACCUCCAUUCUGAUAUUCUACCUCCGCCUCUCCAAGAAUACUCAAAAAGUGUUGCGGUUAGCAUCGUGGGCUAUCUUGGUCAUUGUUAACUUGGCCGGCACGGUUCUCACCUUAAUCAAUAUUUUCCAAUGUCGCCCGGUUCAAGCAGCGUUUGAUCCGUAUCCUAAUCCGGCAUACUGCGUCCCGUUGCUUACUGAGUUCAUAUGCUCAGCGCCGGUUAACGUCGUAACAGAUCUAGCGAUCCUUGCUCUGCCGUUACCCGUACUUACUAGCAUGAGGCUACCUCGACGACAGAAAGUUAUCUUGAUAUUUACGUUUGCCUUGGGUAUCUUUGUUACUGUGGUCGAUGUCGUUCGAAUCUACUACCUGGAACAAGCUAUCACUCAGGUUUCCUCAUCGGUUUCAGACACCCCUGCAGCAACUUUCGGAAAUUCACCCCAGUUCGCUUGGAAUGCGUCCCUUUCGCUUAUGUGGUCUGCCGUCGAGGUCAACGUUGGUAUAAUUUGCGCGUGUAUCCCGACGCUAAAGCCGUUGAUUCGCCGCAUCUUACCCGCCAUGUUGGUCGACCCCAACCGGACUCAAACAUAUGAGAAGGACACUUCAACCGACGGGAAUGGUAGCUCCAAUAACGGGCGGCCAGCAACUCCGGGUCUGUUUGGUGAAGACCAUGUUACACCACCAGCUCAAACGCAUGCAGGAGGUAGUCAGGAAAGUCAGGUAUCCGCGAUCGAUUUCCUUACAACACCCGAUAUGGGUAUGAAUGGGCAUCACCCGCCUCCACUCGAUCGAUCACCAACGGUCUUAACGAGCGCUACUGGAACAUAUUCGAUGAUGGAAAACUCGGUUUAUUUCGGGUUUGUGAACAUGCGUCGACCAAAAAGCAUGAUUAGGACCUCCGUUCGCGACUCGUUUAAAUAUUGCACCAUAGUCGUCAUCCUAUUUUUGCUCUGGGGUUUCUCCUACGGUCUCCUGAAUCAGCUCAACAACGCAGUUGCCUCGGUUUCGGGGAUGUCGAUUGCCGAAACCAUAGGGCUCUCUUCAAUUUACUUUGGAGGUGGAUACCUGGUUGGUCCUUUGCUCGUUGGCGAGUGGAUCCUUCGACAUGACGAACAUUCCAGGUCGAAGAGGAAUAAGAACGGCCCAGAUCAGAUUGGCGGUUAUCGAGCGACGUUUAUAGUAGGCCUCUGCUUUUAUGGUAUAGGGACGAUUAUGUUCUGGCCUAGCGCCGUUCUUUCGUCGUUUGCUGGGUUUAUGAUCUGCAACUUCGUCGUCGGGUUCGGCCUCGCGAUCAUCGAGACUGGAGCCAAUCCAUUCAUCGUAUUUUGCGGUCCAAUGGAUUAUGCGGAGAUGAGACUUUGUUUAGCCCAAGGGAUUCAGGCCAUCGCCACAGUUUUGAGCGGGCUUCUAGCUCAGAGAGUCUUCUUUACCGCGCUCGACACCCCUGGUAGCGCAAAUUCGUUAGCGCUGUUAGAUGUCCAAUGGACAUACUUGGCUAUUACACUCCUCUGUGCGGCGCUAGCUCUCUUCUUUUACUAUAUGCCAUUACCGGAGGUUACCGAUGCCGAGAUGGAGAAUUCGACGCGUUAUCUCCCAAUCGACCCUAAAAAGCGCAGCUUUGGUGGCAUGGAGCUUCGAACUUGGUCGUUAGUCCUAGCAGUGCUAGCCCAAUGGACGUAUGUUGCCGGCCAAGAGAGUAUGAGUAUUUUCUUCAAUGAAAUCAUGACUCCGAAGACUCUUGUACAAUCCUCCACGGGCUCUAAUGCCACUACCAAUUCAACCACCCAGACGGCACCGGAAUCAUUAGAGCCCCCACCAGGUCUCACGCUUUCCAUUCCCAACUACCUUCUCAUCGCACAUACCGCUUUCGCGGUUUCACGAUUUCUCGCGGCGUACCUCGCUUAUUUAUCUCCAACACAUCCGAAGGUUCCACAGCCACGCACAAUACUAAGCAUCACCACCGGACUUAGCAUUGUAUGUGGCAUUUUAGUGGCGGCCCUCCGUCCGACUAACCCAAAUUUACUUGCAAUACCGGUAUUGCUAUUUUUCUUUUUUGAGGGUCCUAUGUGGCCUCUUAUUUUUGCACUAGGACUUCGCGGUCAAGGCAAACGUACCAAACGAGCCGCGGCUUGGAUUACUAUGGGGGCUUCUGGGCCAGCUUUCUGGCCAUACGUGAUAUAUGCGAUAUUUGAACGGGGAGGCAAUAUCCAAAUAGCCUUCAUUAUUGUCCCCGCUUUACUCGUUGUAACCGGAUUCUUCUCCCUCUUUUUGGAUUUGAAGCGAGAUGCCCGAGCUCUGGUUGAUGCCCGUGUUGGCGCCGAGGAUCAAUCUAAAAUUCAGGAUCGUGCUAACCGGGACGUGGACCUCGACGCUAUCCUUGCGGCGCGACGUAGGGCAUCGAUAGCUGGACUUCCACCCGAUGACGAAAAAUCCGGUUUCCUCAAACGACUAUCGAUCGCAUUGAGUAAAGGGAGCACCGCACUUCCUGCACGAAGAAGCUCCGACCAAACGGUCAAUGAGCAUCGUGAGGCGAACGCUGCCAGUCCUGGAUGA